UUUUUGUGUGUGUGUGUCGUAGCAGCAGGAACGAGUGUGAGUCUGACGAGGGCGGGGUUAAAAGAAUAAACUAGGAAUUUCCUGGUGAGCUGUGACAGCGGAGGAAGAUGAAUGUGGGUGUAGCUCACAGUGAGGUCAACCCCAACACACGGGUGAUGAACAGCAGGGGCAUCUGGCUGACCUACCUGCUCCUGACUGUGGUGCUGCACAUCAUCCUGCUCAGCAUACCUUUCUUCACUGUGCCACUAGUCUGGACCCUCACUAACGUCAUCCACAACCUGAUGAUGUACCUGUUUCUACACACAGUCAAAGGAACUCCCUUUGAGACACCCGACCAGGGCAAAGCCCGGCUGCUCACACACUGGGAACAGAUGGACUACGGUGUUCAGUUUACAUCUUCUCGCAAGUUUCUCACCAUCUCUCCGAUCGUCCUGUACAUUCUCGCCAGUUUCUACACCAAAUACGACCCGACACAUUUCCUCAUCAACACCGGCUCCCUCCUCAGCGUCCUCCUCCCCAAACUGCCUCAGUUUCACGGAGUACGGAUAUUUGGGAUCAACAAAUACUGACGAGGACGCUAGGUUUUUAACCAACACUGGACUAUUUUUUUUCCUCUCCUGCUGGACUGAAUGGUUCAGACUGAGGUGAGGUGAAUGAAUCUUAACAGUCAAAGACUGCGUUAAAUAACACACCAAAAAGUUGAAACGCGUGCCGUCACGUUCGUUCAUUCCUUUUUCAUGUGUAGGUUUUCUUUUUGUUACAAGACUGUUCUGUUUUUUUCUUUUAUUAUUAUUUACUGUGAAGAAUUUCAAUGCAGCGUACAGUGUAUAUGUAACUUUAAUAAAUCCAACCGUCUGUCGUUAUGAUGACAA